CAGAGAGAUGGGGAGAUCGUUGGAUGCUCAGGGCUGGGGCUGGUUCUGUUUCUCUCUUGUACCAUCUUGCAUUUCGUUUCGUUUCGUUUCUUUUCCCGCUGGACGUACACUAUUCUGUUGAGGAAGAAUGGCGACUCUAGCAAACACCUUUGCUACCGAUGGCUCUGCCACGGCUAUCAUCGUCCCGAGCAAGCCUCAGGCGUUGACGGUGUCUUACAGACAGCUGAACUCCGCAGUGGCCACCUUCCAGGCGAAGUUGGCGAAACUGGGCAUUCGUCCCGGAGAUGCUGUGUCGAUUGCUCUCCCCAAUUCGUAUGAAUUCAUCGUGGCCUUCCUGGCUGCGUCAUGGCAGCGCGGCAUCGCUGCUCCCCUAAACCCGGCUUACAAGCAGGAGGAAUUCGAAUUCUACAUUGAUGACCUCAGCUCUGCUCUGGCUCUCGUCCCGCAGGGCUCGUUUGAAAAGGAUGGCCCUGCCGUCAGGGCGGCCCGUAAGUACCAGGCUGCCAUUGCGGAAUGCUACUGGGACGGCAAGGAAGUCGUGCUUGAUGUGAAGGAUGCCGGAAAGCUGGCGGGCAAAGGCAACCAGAAGAUCGAGACAGCGCUUCCGGACGAUAUUGCUCUGGUCCUGCACACGAGCGGGACGACAGGCAGACCGAAGGCUGUUCCGCUUACGCACAGGAAUCUCACCAGAACCAUGAAGAACAUCAAGGCCACAUAUGAUCUGAGUCCCAAGGACCGGACGAUGCUGGUGAUGCCAUUGUUCCACGUUCACGGCCUGCUGGCUGCGUUCCUGGCUCCUCUCCACGCAGGAGGUUCCGCAGUUGUUCCCCCCAAGUUCUCUGCGCACGAGUUCUGGACGGACUUUAUCACCCACAAGGCCAAUUGGUACACUGCAGUGCCAACUAUCCAUCAGAUCCUGCUGAAGAACCCGCCGCCCAACCCGAAGCCGGAGAUCCGCUUCAUCCGUUCGUGCUCGUCGCCGUUGUCUCCUAAGACGUUCCACGAGUUGGAGAAGACGUUCAAUGCUCCAGUCCUGGAAGCGUACGCCAUGACGGAGGCUGCUCAUCAAAUGACCAGCAAUCCUCUUCCUCCCGGUAAGCGCCAGCCCGGCAGCGUGGGUAUCGGCCAGGGAGUGGAGGUCAAGAUCCUCGACCAGGAGGGCAAGGAAGUUCCGCAGGGCCAAGAGGCAGAGAUCUGCGUCCGUGGAGAGAACGUCACGAAGGGCUACCUCAACAACCCGGAAGCCAACAAGUCGUCUUUCACUAAGGAAGGCUUCUUCCGGACCGGUGACCAAGGAAAGAAGGAUCCUGAUGGCUACGUUAUCAUCACGGGUCGUAUCAAGGAGCUGAUCAACAAGGGCGGCGAGAAGAUCAGCCCGAUCGAGCUGGACAACACACUAGCGCACCAUCCGGCCGUUGGAGAGGUUGUUUCUUUCGCCAUUCCAGACCCAGGCCACUACGGAGAGGAUAUCGGCGUUGCCGUUGUCCUCAAGGGCAAGGGUGCGACGACGGAGGAGCUCAAAUCGUGGAUGGCUACCAAGGUGGCCAAAUUCAAGGUCCCCAAGAGGAUCUGGAUCCUCAAGGAGAUCCCGAAGACAGCAACCGGCAAAGUCCAGCGCCGCAAGGUGGCAGAAGCCAUGCUGAAGAAAGACACCAGUGCCAAGCUGUGAUCCAGUUAAGCUCUUAUAUAUAUAUAUAUAUAUAUAUAUUUAUAUGUA